UUGUUUCUCUCCAGGUGUGUUUACCUAUUCAGCGCGGCCUAUGGUAUGAGCUAUGGUCCGAUAGGGUGGGUGCUUCCUACGGAAGUAUUCCCACUAUCGGUUCGUAGCAAGGGCGUGUCACUUUCGACGGCGUCGAACUGGUUCAACAACUUUCUCAUCGGCCUACUCACACCAGAGAUCACAGAGAUCACACCUUCGGGCACAUUCCUCGUGUUCACCAUUGCGUGCUUUUUUGGCUAUAUCUGGUCAACCUACGCUGUGCGAGAGGCAGCCAACAUUUCUCUCGAGGAGAUGGACGAAGUGUUCAGUUCGUCAGCUGGCUGCGAAGAUGCCAAUCUGAAACAGCAGGUGGGUUACCAUGCCCGACAUAUCUCUGUCGUCUUGGACGCAGGUCUCAUGCUUCUCGCAGAUUGA